ACAAGAAAUAUUUAUCUUUUCAAAACGUCAUUUUUUCACUAUUAAGAUCAUUUCUGACUUUCCUUUACAGACUGAAUUUAGAAUAACCGCACAGCGCGGAACAGUUGUUCACUAUCAAUGUUUCACGGCGCACUCUAAUUCGAGAAGACACGGGCAACGUUCGACAGUUUACUUAUAUCUUCAGUUCUGUUGACGCAGACAUGUCCAUUUUUACACCUACCAACCAAAUUCGGCUCACAAAUGUGGCAGUGGUGCGGAUGAAAAAGGGAGGCAAACGGUUUGAAAUCGCUUGCUAUAAGAAUAAAGUUGUCAGCUGGCGAUCGGGAGCAGAGAAAGACCUGGAUGAGGUUUUGCAGACACACUCCGUUUUCGUCAAUGUUUCCAAAGGGCAGGUGGCCAAAAAGGAUGACUUGUGCAAAUCUUUCGGGACAGAUGACCAGACUGACAUUUGUAAACAGAUCCUGGCCAAAGGGGAGCUGCAAGUGUCUGACAAAGAAAGACAGAGUCAGCUGGAGACAAUGUUCCGCGACAUUGCUACCAUUGUGGCCGAGAAGUGCGUCAACCCCGAGACAAAGAGGCCGUACACGGUCAGCCUGAUUGAGCGAGCCAUGAAGGACAUCCACUACUCUGUCAAGGCCAACAAGAGCACCAAGCAGCAGGCACUGGAGGUCAUCAAGCAGCUGAAAGAGACCAUGGCGAUCCAGCGGGCCCACAUGAGGCUGCGUCUGAGGAUGCCAGGCAAAGACGCCAAGAGGCUGAAGGAGAAGCUCAAACCACUCUUGCAGGUGGUUGAGAGUGAAGACUUUGACGAGGAGCUGGAAAUGGUGUGUCUGGUGGAUCCCGGCUGCUUCAGGGAGAUCGACGAACUGAUCCGCUGUGAGACGAAAGGCCGAGGCUGUCUGGAGGUGCUGUGUCUGAAGGAUGUGGAGGAGGGCGACGAGAAGCUAUAGGGGCGCAACAGAAGCAGGACUUUAUCCCCAUCAAACGUGCUUCACUCAGGCGCAUAUAUAAAAGACUUAAUGAUGCUCAUCACUAACGGAGCUCCUCCUCUUUGACUAAUUUCAACUAAUCGGCCCUUCACACUUUCUGGCAGUGUUUGCUCUGAGCUUAUACAUUAGCCAAGUUACCCCGCCUACUUUUAUUUAUUCAUUUUUUUAUGUGGGCACUGCAACUGUUGAAAACGUUUGUUUCAGGCUCGUCGUAUUUUUCCCACAACUUCAUAAGUAACUCAUUGCUAUUUUUUCAUUAAGAGUGAGUGCUGUGCAAAUUAUUAUUAUUAUUAUUAUUAUAAAUUAUUAGAGCUGACAAGUGAAUAAGCAGUUUUGAAAUCAUUACAAAUCAUUAUUAAUCACCAUUGCAACGAUGUCUGAACUAUGGCAUUUUUACUGUAUUUUAUUGAAAGAAAGAUAAAGACAGGACAGGAUUAUAAUAUCUUUGUAUGUAUUAACAGCUCCAAAUGAACUGAAAAUUGAAAUCAAACUAAAAGAUAGCACACAAGUCUGAAAAACUAUUUACCUUACGCUAGUUUCUUAGAGCAGAACAUUUCAAACACGCUAACCGUUUUAUGAGCAAAACGGGGUUGCCUUCAAAAACACCACGUAAUUUAAGUUGGAAGGUUUUGACUUUAUUUUCUGGAAUUUCCGGGCAUACUUGAAUGCAGCAAAUUGUACUAAGUUACAAAGUGAGUGAUAAGAAUAUCCACAUAACUGUUUUUCUUUGCCUUUCAGUUUAUUUAGACCACAAAUGCACGUAUAGUAAGUAGUGAUGUCCGGAGUGUCCCUGAAUGCAGCUUGCGGUGGUCUCGUGGCAACGAGGAAGUGUAGUUCCCAGGCUAAACGGACCAGAGACGUGUUUGUGAGCGGGAGAUAACGUACGUGAUGUUGGACUUGCACUGCUGUUGAUGUGUUCAGGUCAGAAUAAAGUUAUAACAGAGGCAGACUGACUGGGGGGCGCUACACCGCACCGCCGUCGCCACAACAGAGGCGUGGCUUGCCACGAUACCGUUAAUUAUGCUAAAACAUUUAACGUGAUUAAUUAACAUGCUAUUUUUGACAGCCCUAAUUAUAUCUUUUGAAUUAAGAACAAAAUGAAAACGUAGUUUCCCACAUUGCCAUCGGAAUGGUUAUGUCACAGCUCAGUUAAAGAAACGCACACAACGCACGUCAAAUUCCAUUUACAUUAUCUAUGGGAUAGUUUGCCUGGAAAAGGGCUUGUGUGUUGAUGUACUUUAGUAUUUUCUUAACAUGUUCAGGCGCAUCUCGGUGAAUUUGAAUAUCUUGGAAAAGUUCAUUUAUGAGUAUUUUGAAUCCAAACGUAAAACUUACAAUUCACUACACACAGCGUGAAAUGUUUAAAGAAUGUUGUUUCAUUCAAAAAAUUACAUUUUCAACAAUAAAAUAAUUUACAAAGCACAGUAUUGUAAACAACAGUUUCACGCGCUAAUCAGCCAAGGAACUGCAAAAACCCGAGCUUUUAACUGGUCUCUUGACGUGAACUCCUGAAAUCCAAAUAACCUUUGCAUGAUAUUGUAAUUUUUCGAGAUGCACCUGCAUAGGAACGACACGUUUGUGGCCUUAGCUGAACAAUGAUGCAAGUUGAAAGUACAGCAGAGAGCGUGUCGGCUUCAGUAAUGGCAGAAACCAAAGCAACAAAGUACCCGAAUCUCAUUCUAAAUGUACACAACUAACACACUGGACUGCUUUCUACGCUAUAAAGAUGCUGUCUGCAUGUGCUAAUUGUAACUUCCACAAUACACUUCAAAUCCAAAAGGCCACCUGCUUCCUCAAUAAAAUCAUUGAUUCAUGAUUUCAGUGU